AUGGACUACGUCAACCACCAUGUCGCCCACGAGGCUAGCAAAGAUCCCCAAGCCGCCUUCACCGGCCUCGUCACACCCCUCAACAUCAUCCUGGCCGCCAUCACCCUCUACACCACAUACCUGCUCUACAAGCCCUCGGCGCCCACCGUCCUGCCGCGUGAGCCGCCCGCGACCGUCUUUAGGACCUUCACGCCCCGGACCCUGCUGCCCAACAACGGCAUGAACGGCGCCCCCGUCUACCUCGCCGUGCGUGGACGGGUGUUCGACGUGACCGCCGGGCGCAACUUCUACGGACCAGGCGGUCCCUACGAGAACUUUGCCGGAAGGGACGCGAGCAGGGGAUUGGCGUGCCACAGCUUUGACGAGGAUAUGCUGACCAAGGAUUUGGACGGACCGCUGGACAAGCUCGACGGGUUGGGCGAGGAGGAGUUUGAGAGUCUGAGAGGCUGGGAGGAGAGGUUCGAGAGCAAGUACUUGGUCGUGGGUAAGCUGGUGGCCGCUGGGGAGAAAUAG